UGUUUUGGGGGUGGACACAGUUGCUUUGUAUGCAGAAUACCAGCGGCGGACAGCGCUGUCACUCUCUGUGCAGCUCUCUCUGGUGGAGUUGCUGUGGAAUUCAGGCGCCAUGGGUGCAACCUGUGGGAUUACGCUUUCCAGAGGAUGAUGGUGCGGAUGUUAAAGGGAAGGCCGGUGAAGUGCAGGAGGAGGAUCUGAGGCAACCCUCUGUGGUCCACUGACUGUCUUGGCUCCCAUGCACUCCGUUAGCAAUGUGGACGUGAGCCACCGCCGCACCGCGAUGCCCGCAGCUAUGCUCCCUUGCCCCCCGUCGGCCGGGUCUGACUGGAGCUUCCAGAACCCGGUGGGGGUGGACUGCAGCUCCCCCGAGCCUCGAUGCAUCUGGCUGGCGGUGCUGCGUGGCACCACUGGGCCGCCGCCAUCGCCGCCAGUCAUGCCUGUCAGGCGCCGCCACAUCUCCCAUCAGCUCAGGGCGAAAGGGCGGAGGGAUGGUCUCUCGUCGACCGCCGACAACCCUCGGCCGCCGAUGGCGUCCAGGCCGGGGAGGGAGGGCCUCAGCGCACCUUGGAAAGGCCCCCGGACGCUGGUCCUCCGCAAGAACUCUCAGGGUUUUGGCUUCACCUUGCGCCACUUUAUUGUUUACCCUCCAGAGUCCGCCCUGCACACUAACCUCAAGGAUGAGGAGAACGGCAAUGGAAAGGGGUUCCAGAAGGGAAGACUGGAGCCCAUGGACACCAUAUUUGUGAAAAAUGUGCGAGAGAAAGGUCCGGCACACCAGGCGGGCUUGUGCACAGGGGAUCGUCUGGUAAAAGUGAACGGGGAGAGCGUACUGGGAAAAACGUAUUCCCAGGUGAUCGCCCUCAUCCAAAACAGCGAGUGUGUGCUGGAGCUUUCCAUUAUGCCAAAAGAUGAAGACGUGCUUCAGUUGGUAAGUGCCUAUUCCCAGGAUGCCUACCUGACCGGCAACGAGCCCUUUUUGGGGGGAGCUGAGAACCUCCCGCCGCCGCCGCCCCUGUGCUAUCCCUGCAGCAAGACCACGUCACCUGCAGGGGCACCGCCACCUGCCCCCAUGGGCCAAAACCAGCUGGAUAAUUGGAGUCGCUGGCCCGGUUCCCCCAGUCCCUCGUCACCUCUGGACAACCGUUCUACUGUGUGCAGCCCUGCCAAUUGGCAGGACGGGCAUUUGGGAGAUCUUGGCGGCAUGGGGCACAGCAGCCCAGCCCACCGCACAGAGGAGAUCCAGUAUGGUAUGACGGGCCAGCAGCCUCAAGGGCAAACUAGGGGACGCUCGUACUCGUCCUCCUCAUCUUCAGGAGGCCCUUUAUCAAGCCCCCUGCAGGUCCACUACCCCAACCACCAUGCGGCCAGCUCCACGCAGGCCCAUACUCGCAAGUCAAGCAGCCCGGCUUGGACCAGCCCGCCGUUGCCCCACCUCAGUCACGGACGCCCUGAACGCUGCCAACAGGCGCUGUCGGAGUGGUACUACAACCAAGUCCCUGAGCGCUCUGGGGGACGCAACACGCAGACGCGCCAGCGCAGCUACUCCCAGGACCGACUCAACGACACCAGGAGGCAGCAGCGUCAGCAGCUAGCAGACGGCUGGCCUCACAGCGCCUCCCAGGACACUCUGCUGUUACUUCAGCAGUCGGGACCAGGGCCACAUGGAGAGCCCUACUGGUCAUAUGGGGAGUGGGGUCCAGAUAGGGGACAUCCUGCCUCGAAUUACACUAGGACUCGCUCUGAAAAUCUGCUGGGACAGUAUGAUCGUCACGGACGCUCUUUAGAGAUGUUAGACCGAGCUGCAGCUGGACUGGUCUCGCCUCGGUGUGAGCGGUGGAACCAGCCUCCCAAGCCACCCCCAAGGACAGAUCUCCACCAAAAGCAUGGGGGUCAGUACCAUGCAAAACAAGCACCCCAGAUGCCUCGACACUCACAGCCAAACUCCAAACACCCCCAGCAGGCGCCCCCAAAGAAUCGACGACUUCCUUCAGGCCAGAGCAUGGACGACCAGCCUGUUGGCUACCGCAGCUAUAGCCCCUCUUUCUAUCGUAAGACGGGCCGCAUCAUGCAGCAAGCCCAAUCUUUCAGAGACCCUUCGUACUCUGGCCCCCACCUCAACUGGAACACCAGCCCGCCAGAGGGUGCACCGGCCACCUCACCCGCCCCCCUCCUCACCUCGCCUGAAUCCCAGGACAGAGCAUACAGGCCCACCAACCACGAGAGGGAGCGAGGGUCAACGGCGGAGGUGGUUGUGGCGCAGACCCAGGAAGUGGUAAUGCGGCAGAAGCCUCCCAGCGGACGGCGGAACGCCCACGGCAUGCGGCACCCCCACUACGCACUCCCGAUGGACGGCCUGGAGCCCUCCUUGUUUUCUCCGGAGCCCCCAGACUCAGCACCCGCCUCCAGCUCCUCGGGAGAGACAGUGCCAUGUAAGGCAAAUGGCAGCCUUGUCCCGCUGUCCCUCGAGGAUGACUCGCUGGCAUCCAUCCCCUUCAUCGAUGAGCCCACCAGCCCCGGUGCUGACUUGCGCGCCCGCCACGUGCCGGCGUCCUCCGUGGUCUCCAGUGGCAUGAGUUCAGCGCCCGCCGCGGUCUCCAGCCCUGCUUCCCCUACCUUCACCUUCCCCGCCACUAGGCUCUUCUCACAUGACUGCAGCGCUAUUAAAUCCGGUCGCCGUUCCUCCUAUCUUCUAGCCAUCACCUCCGAGCGAUCCAAGUCCUGCGACGAGGGGCUCAACACCUUCCGGGAGGAGGGACGAGUCUUCUCGAGGCUACCAAAGAGAGUCAAGAGCUUCUUCACAGAUGGGUCUCUGGACAGCUUGGGGACGGAAGAGGAGAGGCGGUCUAAACGACACUCCACGUCGGAGCUGGGGAACAUCAAGUACGACACGCGACGACAAGGGUGGCUGCACUACAAACAGAUCCUCACGGAGAAGGGCAAGAAGGUGGGCAGCGGCAUGCGGCCGUGGAAGCUCUUCUUCUCGGUACUGCGCUCCCAUUCGCUCUUCCUCUACAAGAACAAGCGGGAAGCGGUGCUCAGCGGCGUCAACGUGGGGGGCGGCGCCGAGGACGAGCAACCCAUCAGCAUCCGGGGAUGCCUGGUGGACAUCGCCUACAGCGAGACCAAGCGCAAGCACGCCCUGCGGCUCACCACGCAGGACUACUGCGAGUACCUGCUGCAGGCGGAGAACCGCGAGGACAUGCUGGACUGGAUCAGGGUCAUCCGGGAGAACAGCAAGACCGACAGUGAGGAGUUUGGACAUUCUAGGCAGGCGCUCAUCAACAAGAAGCUAAACGACUAUAGGAAACAGAGCCCUACAGGAAGUAAGCCAGAUGCUUCACCCAGGAUGGCCCGCAUGAAGCCUCCCUUCCUGCUCGCCAAGACGGAGAACGCUGUGGGGAUGCCGCGCUCGCCCAAACCAGACGGCAAAGACGAAAGCAGCCCACCCAAGUCUCCGUGGGGAAUCAACAUCAUGAAAAAGACCAAGAAGGCCGGCCCUAAAGCGUUUGGCGUUCGGCUGGAGGAGUGCCAGCCGGGAGUCAAAAACAAGUUCAUCCCGUUGAUUGUGGAGAUCUGCUGCGGCCUGGUGGAGGAGAUGGGUCUGGAGUACACUGGCAUCUACCGUGUGCCGGGCAACAACGCCAUGGUGAUACUGCUGCAAGAGCAACUCAACAAGGGCGUCGACAUCAAUCCGGCAGAGGAGAAGUGGCAGGACCUCAACGUUGUCAGCAGUUUACUUAAAUCCUUCUUUCGGAAACUUCCAGAGCCACUCUUCACCAACGACAAGUACAACGAUUUCAUCGAUGCCAACAGACUGGAAGAUGCGUCAGACAGAUUGAAGACAAUGAAGAAGCUGAUUCGAGAUCUUCCAGAUUAUUAUUACCACACUCUGAAGUUCUUAGUGUGUCACCUGAAGACAGUGGCGGACCAUUCUGAUAAAAACAAGAUGGAGCCACGUAACCUGGCUCUGGUGUUCGGGCCGACUCUGGUGCGGACGUCCGAGGACAACAUGAAGGACAUGGUGACACACAUGCCCGACCGCUACAAGAUAGUGGAAACGCUCGUCCAACAUUACAUCUGGUUUUUCAGCGACGAGCCCGAUAAGGAUGAAAAGACGCCGGUGGACACGGAGGACCUGCAGCCCGCCCCCAACAUUGACCACUUGUUGUCCAACAUCGGGCGGACGGCUCUGCUCGGGGAUGCCUCAGACUCCACCAACAGUGACUCGGCCAAAUCAAAGGGCUCGUGGGGGUCCAAGAAGGACCUGACCGCCAAGGACAUCCUCACCCUGUCCAUCAUGUCCGCCGUCACGGGCCGCAAGCGCAGGAAGCGGCACGGCGCUCGCCGCGUGGGCAGCAGCACCGACGACGACUCGGAGCACGAGCCCGUCAAGGCGGGACACCUGGGGGCCGAGGAGGCGGAGGAGGAGGAGGCGGAGUUACCCGUGGGAGACACGGCUCCUCGUGCGGAGGUGGAGGAGGAUGACGAGGAGGAAGAGGAGGAGGAGGAAGUGGUGCAAGUGGAGGUAAAAGAAGAGCCGGCACCUCCUGGUCCCAGCAAGGAGGAAGAGGAGGCAGGAGGAAGGUCGAGCCAGGCCAAGGAGCAGGCGUGGCGGGCGCCCGAGGACGCGCGCUCCAUCGUGUCGGGCUAUUCCACCCUCUCCACGCUGGGGCGGAGCCUGGGCUACGAAGGAAGGGCGGAGGACGCCGACGACGAGCACAGCGAGCUGGUGAGCGAGACGGACAACGAGAGCGGCUUCGCCUCGCGCUCCCUCACGCAGGAGCGCCCCGAGAAGCGCCUGGCGGUUCCACCCGCCGUCCCGCCCAAACCCUCCAUGUCAGCCGCCGUUGCCCCGCCGCCUUCCCCGGACAUCCCCCCCCCACCCGCCGUGGACCGCGAAGACGGGGCGAGAUCCACCACGCCUUCGUCCUCGUCCUCGGCUCACAGGGUUCACUCGCGGCCGUCCUUCAGCUCGCACAAGCUGAUCCUGUGCGACACGCUCGCCCGCAAGAAGCUGAAGGGCGAAAAGGCUCGCUCGCUCGACCUGCUGCACGUCCCCGCCCACAACCACGGCGCCGCGCAGGAUGUCAGCCCCAGGCCGAGGCGAGAGUCCAGGCCCCGCCCCUCCUCAGGAAGCAGCCAGGAGAGUCUUCGGACUCGGCCGGCCGCACCGCCGCCGCCCAGCGAGGCCGCCUCCUUCGCGCCCGCCGCCAAGUCCCUCGCCGACCAGGUGCGCGCCCGCCUGCUGGGCUCUGCCGACGACCUGCGCAGCGUCGGCCUCCGCAAGCCCCUCUCGCCCGAGAGCCGCCGGAAGAGGCGGGCCUGGCGCCGCCACACGGUGGUGGCGUCCCCGACCGAGACGUGCGACAAGCAGCCGCCGCUGACCGUCACAGAGUUCCCGCUCUCUCCCCUCGGCGCUAAGACGGAAGACGGCGGCGAGCGGGGGCCUUCGGGCCGCCACGCACCCACCUCCAGGUUCCACCAGUACCUGUAAGUCCCGGUGGCGAGCGUCCGCGCCGAGCUGCGGGUCAGCAGACUGGCAGCACGCUAACCCUUCAAAAGGACGCCGCCGUCUUGUUUUGUUUCUAAACUCACGCUUGUUGUGUACAGCAGGGGGCGCCAAAGCUCCUUUCAACGUUGCCAAAGCUCUUUUUGUUCUCUUCCUUCUUCACGUUCUUUCCAAAACAACAAACUGCAGUCAGAGACACGCAAAUCUGCAAAAGUCUUGGGUCACAUCUUUCAACCAAUUCUGUCAUUUGUGCGGAUUGAAGUGCAGUACCUGCAAACCACCACUGGGGUGCUGUUGCAACUCUUUAAAAGAGCUCCUUUCCUUAAAGGCCUACUGAAAUGAGAUUUUUUUAUUCAAACGGGGAUAGCAGGUCCAUUCUAUGUGUCAUACUUGAUCAUUUCACGAUAUUGCCAUAUUUUUGCUGAAAAGAUUUAGUAGAGAACAUCGACAAUAAAGUUCACAACUUUUGGUCGCUAAUAAAAAAGCCUUGCCUUUACCGGAAGUAGCAGACGAUGUGCGCGUGAUGUCACGGGUUGUAGGGCUCCUCACAUCCUCACAUUGUUUAUAAUCAUAGCCACCAACAGCAAGUGCAAUUCGGACCGAGAAAGCGACGAGUUCCCCAUUAAUUUGAGCGAGGAUGAAAGACUUGUGGACGAGGAAAGUUAGAGUGAAGCACUAAAAAAAAAAAAAGGAAUAAAAAGAAAAGGCGAUGGCUCCAGGCGACGGCAGUUUGAGCGACUCAGAUGUUAUUAGACACAUUUAUUAGCAUAGUUCUGGAAAAUCCCUUAUCUGCUUAUUGUGUUAAUAGUGUUUUAGUGAGAUUGUAAAGUCAUACCUGAAAGUUGGAGGGCUGCGGUGAACGCCAGUGUCUCUGAGAGAAGCCAACGGAAGAUAAGAUCACAGCUGCCUUUUUGACAGCUACAGGAGGAGGUCGCAUAAUCCACUCAAGUCUCCGGUAAGAGCCGACUUAAUACCACAAUUUUCCCAUCCAAAAACUUGCUGGUUGACGUAGAGAAAAAUGUUCGCUUGACCGCUCUGUGUUAAAGCUUCACAACUAACAAAGAAACACCGGCUGUGUUUCGGUGCUAAAGGCCGCUGCAAUCCACCGCUUUCCACCAACAGCUUUCUUCUUUGAUGUCUCCAUUAUUAAUUGAACAAAUUGCAAAAGAUUCAGCAACACAGAUGUCCAAAAUACUGUGUAAUUAUGCGAUGAAAAGAGACGACUUUUAGCCGUAAGUGGUGCUGGGCUGAUAUGUCCGCUACAACCCCAGACGUCACAAACACACGUCAUCAUUCCGCAAGGUUUUCAACAAGAAACUCCGCGGGAAAUUUAAAAUUGCAAUUUAGUAAACUAAAAAGGCUGUAUUGGCAUGUUUUGCAAUGUUAAUAUUUCAUCAUUGAUAUAUAAACUAUCAGACUGCGUGGUCGGUAGUAGUGGGUUUCAGUAGGCCUUUAAACGUGAACGCAGUCAUUUUAAAAAAGACACUUUCCUGUCAUCGGAAAAUAGUAUUAAAUUUAAGAAAACGAUUUUUAAGGACUUUUUAUUCUACGAUAGUAAAUAAUACCACACUUCCUGCUUCUUUUUGGUGGAUUUUCUUCAUAGAAAGACUACAAAAUGAAUGACUAUUAGUAAGCUACAACAACUCAAUGUGACUCAGGACUUUUGCACGCAGCAAAAUAUUCCCACCUUUUAGGAAAAAAGGUCAACAAAAAUACAUUUCAUCGCUUCCUGUUUCGCUCACGUGUUCAUUUUUUUUUUUUUUUGUCUUUUGUAACAUUUGUACAAAGUUGUUUUUUAAAGUUGUAAAUAUCAACGUUUGUUUUGACCUUUUCUUAAUAAUAAUAAUAAUAAUCUUUGUUUUUAUGGUUUACAAACGUGUGCACACAAACACACACGCCGUCAUUUCUCUCAAGACUUGAAAUGCUCUCUUAAUAUAUUGUUUGUUUAUAUUCACUAUAUAUAUAUGACAUAUAUAUAUGUAUAAAUAUAUAUAUGUUUUGUAAGUAAGUCGUGCUGUGACGUCACAUGUCAGAUGUGUAGCGAGAUGCGACGAGACUUGACGUGUUUUUCCGACAAACUUUUUGUCCCGCCUCGUCUUUACGGAUCCACUUGAUCGGCAAACUGCUUUGGUGAGGUGGUUAGCACCGGGGGUGGAAAGAGGAGUUAAUGUAUGCGUCCUAAAAGUUGACUCCCGUUGAAAAAAUACCCGAGAAGUUUAGUUUUGACUGUUAUUAACAGAGUAAACCAAAAUGUGUUGUCUAAAGGCUGGAAUUUAGACCGUUUACAAGUUGUGUGUGUGAGUGUGUGUUUAAGUGUGUGUGUACUCGACCCACUUUUUACAUACACUAAGGGUGUCCAAAGUGUGGCCCGGGGGCCAUUUGCGGCCCGCAGCUAAUGUUUUACCGGCCCGCGGCACAUCAUUCUAAAAAUACUAAAAUAUAUAUAUAUUUUUUUAACAUUAAAAAGUGGAAUAAAAGAGCAAAUAGGUGAAAUGCAACGAGAAAAGGUUGCAUUGUUGACUCUAAUAAUACCAUUUUUUUAAAUAAUUUCUCAAAAAAUAAUAAUGAAUAAAAAUCAAUGUUGCUAUAAAUUAUUGAUUGAUUUAAGGACAAAAAGGACAUAAAUACAACAAACAUAAAAUCAUGAAAAAUAUGAAAAUUAGAAAAAAAAAUUCCAUACUAAUUAUAUACUAAUACUAAUUAUCCUAUUGAUUGUUAUUAUAAAUAUACUAAACCAAUUACAAUAUAUCAUCUGAAGCUGAUAUAGAGAUUUAAGUGUUGAAAGAAAAAUUAAAAAAAAAAAGCAUAACUUUUUUAUGAGUGGGGCACUUUUGGAUCCCUAAGGAUUUUAAUAACUCUUUGCUAAAAAAAUUAAAAAAAUAUAUAAUUUAAUACAUUUUGUUAUGAAUUAUUGACCUAUUUAGGGAUCCAAUUACUACACAUUAAAUAUUUCACUUUGAAAAUCUUUUGGGGAAAAAUAUUGUGUAUUUUGCCUCAAAAAAUAGGGUUUUGACAAAAAGCUCGUAAAAAGUCAAACAAAUAAUGAAGUACAAUUAGCGAUUCAAGGGUUUUAUGAAAAAAAAUAUAAUAUAUGACUUGUUUUGAACCUUGUUUAAGACUGAAACCCUUCUGGGUCCUUAAGACCUAACUUGAGGGAGCCCCAAUAAAUUUAAAAAAAAGUUUAUAUUGUAUUGGUUUUGAAAAUGAACAAAUAUCAACUUGGUCCCCACGUGCUUUGAUUUUUCAGUGUGCGGCCCUCAGUGGAAAAAAGUUUGGACACCCCGGACAUACACACUAAGGGUUAUAAUUUUUGGGUACCAAACAAUUCGAUUCAGAAUCGAUUCUCAAGUCAAACUGAUUCCUCGCAAUGUAUUGUUCGGUAUAGUAAUUAUUAUAAAACUUUUUCAAAACCGGUCACUGGCUUUAAAAGCUCCUUCUGGUUGCAUGGAGAUGGCCUAAAAAUGUAUUUUUUAUCUGUAUUUUUUUUUAUUAAAAAAAUAAAAAUGUAUUGAUUUGAAAAAAAAAGAUGAAUUCAUACAGAAUAAUAACGAACGCGAAUCCUAUGCGAAUGCAUUUUUUUGUACACGCCGUAUACGCUAGACGUGAUGUACCACUCACAACAACAUUAAGGAGUGGGACAAACGUUAGCGACGCUAAAGUGCUAACAUAACGCUUACAUUUUAACAGCAACGUCAUGCAAGGUUAGCAUGUUCACGGACAUAGCAAAACGAUCUAAUGUACAACACCCGCGCCUGAAGCUGACUGCUUUAUUUUAAGAUGUGUAGCGAAGCCUUUUUUUUUUUUUUUUUACAAAACUUGGCAUAUUUAAAGGCCUACUGAAAUGAGAUGUUCUUAUUUAAACGGGGAUAGCAGGUCCAUUCUAUGUGUCAUACUUGAUCAUUUCACGAUAUUGCCAUUUUUUUUGCUGAAAGGAUUUAGUAGAGAACAUCCACGAUAAAGUUUGCAACUUUUGGUCGCUAAGAAAAAGGCCUUCCCUUUACCAGAACUCGCAGACGAUGACGUCACAAGGGUGAGGGCUCCUCACAUCCUCACAUUGUUUUUAAUGGGAGCCUCCAACAAAAAAAGCUAUUCGGACCGAGAAAACGACAAUUUCCCCAUUAAUUUGAGCAAGGAUGAAAGAUUCGUAGAUGAUGAUAUUGAUAGCGAAGGACAAGAAAAAGAAAAAAAAAAGGCGAUUGCAUUGAGACGGAUUCAGAUGUUUUAGACACAUUUACUAGGAUAAUUCUGGGAAAUCCCUUAUCUUUCUAUUGUGUUGCUAGUGUUUUAGUGAGUUUAAUAGUACCUGAUAGUCGGAGGGGUGUGUCCACGGGUGUGUUGACGCCAGUCUCUGAGGGAAGUCAACGGCAGCUGCAUGGACAGCGCAAGCUCAGCUGAUCUCCGGUAACAGGCGACUUUUUACCACAAUUUUCUCACCGAAAACUGCCGGUCGACAUGUAGUCGGGAUCCAUGUUCGCUUGACCGCUCUGAUCCAUAGUAAAGCUUCACCUCUGGGAAUUUUAAAGAAGGAAACACUGCGUGUUUGUGUGGCUGAAGGCUAAAGCUUCCCACCUCCAUCUUUCUACUUUGACUUCUCCAAUACUAAUUGAACAAAUUGCAAAAGAUUCAGCAACACAGAUGUCCAGAAUACUGUGUAAUCGCGCGACAAAAAGAGACGACUUCUAGCCGCAAGUGGUGCUGCGCUAAUAUUUCCUGACAGUCAGUGACGUCACGCGUACAUCUCAUCAUUCCGCGACGUUUUCAACAAGAAACUCAGCGGGAAAACUUAAAAUUGCAAUUUAGUCAACUAAAAACGCCGUAUUGGCAUGUGUUGCAAUGUUAAUAUUUCAUCAUUGAUAUAUAAACUAUCAGACUGCGUGGGUUUCAGUAGGCCUUUAAACGCGGCAGCUUCAAAACCAAGUGUUUGAGCGCCUCUUUUACGGGAGACGAUGCACUUUUCUCACGUUUGCUGCUCAUAAAUCAGUUCCGGGGGCGCCAAUUGAUGUUAGCACAUCGUUAAAAGUCUAUAUUGGGACUUUCAUUAACACACGUCGUUAGCUACUUUCCACCUCUGGUUCUAACUUCCUGUCUUGAGGCUUUUUAACCACGCCGCGGUCACAUGAUCUAUCCAAACAGUCUUGUCAUACCUCAACAUUACUUCUUUUUUUUUUUUUUCAACAAGUGCCUAAUUUCUGUAAUAUCCAGCAGUGCCACCUUCAAUUAUUUCCCAGUCUUCUUCUUCCUGUCUUGUGUGGUUUCCACACUCUACUAAGAUGUCUACCUUCAACCUAAAGUGGGCAUAAAGACUUCAAAGAAGCACAUGUCAUGCCAAGGACUCGUCUAUGCACUCCCUCUGCCUCACACACUUCUUACCUUUGUGUACAUAUAUCUUCAUUAAUAUGUAACAUAUUGUCUGACAUUGUGUACAUUUAAGUCAUUGAAAGUGCUCCCCCUCGUGGCUGUGUGCUUUAAAGCAAGGUUGUUAUUAUUAUUAUUGUUAUUAUAAGAUGUAAAUAAAAAGAAGUACGUUCAAAAACCUAAUAAAAAA